CUCGAGCCAGGGGCCGGUUGACGGCUGUUCUUCACAUUAUCCUCUCUGCUGGCCCCAACGCAACAGGAAACAUGUUGUUCGAGGUCCUGAUCGCUCUCCUGCUUGGAGUCGUCAUCUUCCUGCUGGUGUUUAGAAGACGAAGCCAUGUUUUGAAGACAGAGGAUGGCUGGUGGGGGGUUGGCCCCAUCCCUGAUGGCGAGCGGGACACUACCAUCCACCCUUUUAAAGUGACCACCAGCGAUGCGGAGCUGGAGGACCUUCACAGAAGAAUAGACCAGACGCGCCCGGUUCCCUCCCUGGAGGACAGUCAGUUCAAUUAUGGUUUUAACUCGGAGUACCUGGAGAAGGUCGUCUCUUACUGGAGGAAUGACUUUGACUGGAGGAAACAAGUGGACAAACUUAACCAGUAUCCUCACUUUAAAACCAACAUUGAAGGCAUUGAUGUUCACUACGUGCACGUGAAACCCAAACGGGUGCCCGAGGGGACCAAUUCCCUUCCUCUCCUGAUGGUUCAUGGCUGGCCUGGCUCCUUCUAUGAAUUUUACGGGACGAUCCCACUGCUAACAGAGCCGUCCGACCCCCAGGGUCUCGUGUUCGAGGUGGUGUGCCCAUCCAUACCCGGCUAUGGCUACUCGGAAGCACCGCAUAAGAAAGGUUUUAAUUCCGUGUGUGCUGCUCGCAUCUUCCACAAACUGAUGAGACGCCUGGGCUUUCAGCAGUUCUACGCUCACGGAGGAGACUGGGGUUGGCUUGUCACCACCAACAUGGCUCAAUUGGAACCCAAGAUCGUCAAAGCCUUGCAUGUGAAUUUUGCUCCGCCUUCCAAACCUGGUCUGGUCAUCACUUUAUCGGUCCUGCUCGGCCGCCACUUCCCCAAGCUGUUCGGCUUCACCAGCGUGGACCUGGAGCGUCUCUACCCGUGUAUGCAAAAAAUGUUUGUGGAGUCCAUCAAGGAGACCGGCUACAUGCACAUCCAGGCAACCAAACCCGACACUGCGGGUCGAGCGCUGAAUGAUUCACCAGUUGGUUUGGCUGCGUACAUUCUGGAGAAGUUUUCCACGUGGACCAGUCAAGACUUUAGGAACCUGGAGGACGGAGGACUCACCAGGAAAUUCUCUCUGGACGACCUGCUGACCAACGUGAUGAUCUACUGGACGUCCGGCUGCAUCAUUCCCUCAAUGAGGUUUUACAAGGAGAAUUUUUCCCGCCUCGACUCUCCCCACACCACGAUGCCGGUGACGGUGCCCGCUGGAUUUGCGUGCUUCCCCAACGAGCUGAUGCACAGCCCCAAGCUGUGGGUGCGACAGAAAUUCCAUAAGCUCCUCCCCUACACGCACAUGUGUUUGGUUCGGUACACAUUGUUUGGCUACGAGCAAAAGUAUUGA